UCAUGUUCAAUAAUUAUUAAUCUACUUUAAUUCUAAUAGUCUUAAUUUUUAUUUUGUAUGUUUUACUAACCAGAAUGAAUGUUGUGUUUACUGUAUUGCUAAUUGUAUCAGUUGUAGUGACUAUCAAGUCUAACCAAGCCAAUGCUGACAGCUCAUUCCGUAGAGUAUGCUACUGGUCAUCAUGGGCAUAUUACCGUACUGGAAAUGGCAAGUUCACCGAGGCAAAUUUUGAUGCCAGCAUUUGCACUCAUAUGAUCUAUGCGUUUACUAAACUUAGCGACCAAAACACAAUCGCAGCGUUUGAUCCAUACCUAGAUGUUGAUAAAGGUAUGUAUAAACAUUUUAACAAUUUACGACAAAAGAAUCCCAAAUUGAAAACACUGGUGGCUAUCGGGGGUUGGGGUGAGGGGUCGGACAAGUACUCGGCGAUGGCCAACAACGCCGGGCAUCGAAAAACCUUCAUCGACUCUGUGGUCAAGUUUAUCGGACAACACGGCUUCAACGGACUUGACCUGGACUGGGAAUACCCGGGUCAGUCAGCACGCGGUGAUGGGGACCGUCAACCCGGCAAUGAGGCCGACAAACAGGCAUUUGUGGAUUUAUUACGGGAGUUGAACGUAGCGUUCAAACCGCAUGGUUAUCUACUUACGGCUGCGGUGGGCGCCGGCCGGUCAAUAAUAGACAGGGGUUAUAAUGUGCCCGAAAUGAAUAAAUAUCUAGAUUUUAUUAAUCUAAUGACUUAUGACUUGCACGGCAGUUGGGAACAGAAGACCGGUCAUCACGCAGCCUUACAUUCCGGUCCUGGUGAUAAUGAGCAAGAUAAAAUGCUAACCGUGGAGUCCGCCGUCGACUACUGGCUCAAAUUAGGUGCUGAGCCCAAAAAGCUGAUUGUAGGCAUACCGUUUUAUGGCCGUACAUUUAAGUUGCAAUCGCCUCAAAAUAAUGGGAUUAACGCACCGGCCAAUGGCGGUGGCAGUGCCGGACCAUACACUAAAUCAAGUGGCUUUAUUGGUUAUAACGAGAUUUGUGAAAAUCAAAGCAAAUGGUCGGUGCAUUGGGACGACCAGCGAAAGGCUACGUACGCUGUGAUGGGCACAGAAUGGGUUGGCUAUGAUAACGAGCAAAGUAUCAUGGCCAAAGUGGAUUUCAUCAAAAGCAACGGCUUGGGAGGCGCUAUGGUGUGGGCCAUAGAGACCGACGAUUUUAACGGCUUGUGUGGCAAAGGAAAGUUUCCAUUGCUUAACGCUAUUAAUAAUGGGCUUAAAUAAUUAAAUAUGGUUCAUUUUUGCAAUUUACUAAUAAAAACUACC